AUGGUCUUUGGUUUCCCCCCUUUUGGAGAAGUGUUUGUGUGGAUCGAGAGCGGAGAGAGAGAACUCCAGGCGGACGCGGCCAGGUGCGCUCGCUCGCUCCCCACCGCCCUAGCCCCGUCACCUCGGCCCGUGGCCUGCCUGGCGGCCUCCGUGUUCUCAGGACGGCCCUCCCUGCGCCUGGACUCCUUCGGGGAGCCUCUUCCCUUCUUUCCUUUUUUUUUUUUCUUUUGCAGCGGGAGGAGUCGGGGGGCAGGGAGAGUAGAUUGGAGAGCUUUAAAAAAAAAAAACGUCCUGGUGCAGCAGCUACAGUUCUGUGCGACUGGAACAGCUCCGCACAGGCAGCCGCUGUCGCCGCCCGGGCCGCGGUUCGUUGCUGGCUGUCCCCGGACAAGCGUCCCUCUGUCCCUGGUCUCCUGGCCCAGACCGCCGCCCCGGCGCGUCUCUCCCCAGCUCCGGCGGCUCGGUCACUGCUCCUGGCUGUUGGCUGAGCUCUGGAAGCCCCCUCGCCUUAAUGCAGCGCCCGCCGACGUCACGGCGGCCAGCGACCAAUCAGCGGCUCGAGGUCCCUCUGUAAACCAUUCUGCAUCCCCCGGCCCGGGAGAGUGCCGGGAGACCGCGUUUAGAGGCUCAGUGGCGGCCGCAUCCGCGGCCCGGCGCGGUGCGGGCGGCGGGCAGCGAGGUGCCCGGGCCCCCUCCUGCUCCGGACCCCCAGAAAAGCGCGGUGAGGCCGUGAAAGGAGGCGCUUGGGCGCCGGGCUGCAGGAAUGCCAGCGGGUCCCUGAAGGAAGAGCAGGGAGCGAGCCGGUGCGUCCUGGACCCUGCGGGACCCGGAGACCACGCAAACUCCGCAGAGACACGGAAGAAAGGAAAGAGCAAGGUGUAGCUGAUUAGCAAGUUAAUUAUUUCAGUACCCCAAGGGUUCCAGUG